AUGCUUGCCAUCGGUCGAGGCAGUAUUGCCCAUGUGCAAUACACUGGCGACGAAGCUGCUGGUGAGAUCAAGAAGCUCCUCGACGCUGUUAUCGCAGACGAGGAUGACUUUGAGAAGUGGGAGACUCUGAUCAAUCGCGCUUCUGACCUCGAGGGCGGCGUCACCCGGAACUCAAACCCGUCGGCUAUCGAGCUCGUUCGCAACGUAUAUGACUGCUUCCUCGCAAAGUUCCCGCUCUUCUUCGGAUACUGGAAGAAGUAUGCUGAUCUCGAGUUCUCUAUUGGCGGCACCGAGACUGCUGAAAUGGUCUACGAGCGCGGUGUUUCUUGCGUCACAACUUCUGUCGAUCUGUGGGCAAACUACUGUACCUUCAAGAUGGAUACGUCCCAUGAUCCCGACAUCAUCCGAGAUCUCUUCGAGCGUGGCGCCCAGUCUGUCGGUCUUGACUUCCAGAACCAUCCGUUCUGGGACAAGUACAUCGAGUUCGAAGAACGCAACCAGGAGUACGCGAACGCCACCAAGCUGUACAGCCGCGCCUUCCGCAUCCCUAGCUACUAUUUCACCAAGUACUACGAGAAGCUCUCUGUCGCACUCGGCUCACGCCCUGUCGAAGAGCUGGCCGAGCCGGAGCUGCUUGAGACCCUGAACAAGCAAAUCCAGGUCGAGAACCAAGGCCAGCCAGAGAAGGCUCCUUUGGAGCUCGAGCGUCAGAUCCGACAUGCGAUCAGCCAGCACUAUUACAACAUCUAUGCGAGCGUUCAGGCAGACGUUUCGAGCCGCUGGAGCUUCGAGCAAGAAAUUAAGAGGGCUUACUUCCACGUUACGGAGCUCGAGCAGUCUGAACUUGACAACUGGCACAAGUACCUUGACUUCGAGGAGAAGCAAGGCGACUUCGAGCGCGCAUCAUUCUUGUACGAGCGCUGUCUGUCCAUAUGCGCUCUGUACGAGGAGUUCUGGCUGCGCUAUGCGCGCUGGAUGUACUCGCAAGGCAAGGAGGAGAACACUCGGAUCAUCUAUGCGAAGGCCAGCUGUAUCUUCGUUCCCAUCGGCUGCCCGACUGUGCGACUCAACUGGGCUCGUUUCGAGGAGAAGCUUGGCCGUACGUCAAUAGCCCGCGACAUCUAUGUGGCCAUUCUUGACCAGGCUCCCGGACACCAGGAGACGCUCAUCUCCUUGGCCAACAUCGAGCGUCGCCACGAAGGCAACGAUGCUGCUGUCCGCCUCCUCGACGACUACAUUGAGCGUUCUGACAACCACAUUGGUGGUAUUCUUGCCGCUGAACAAGUCCGAAUCCUGUGGCAGUGCAAGGGCUCCGUAGAUGAGGCCCGCAAAGUCUUCCAGGAAAAGCACGAGCGCUUUGGCGAUUCGCCCGACUUCUGGCUUAAGUACUUGGCUUUCGAAAUCGCACAGCCGUUCACCGAUGAAGAGGAGGCCCACUCGCGUGUCAAAGCCGUCUACGAGUCGGCACACCGCCUAUCUCCAGAGGGCUCCAAGGGGCUUGCACAGCACUACAUGGAGUUCCUGAUGAACCGCGGAGGCAAGGAUGCUGCGGAGGAGUAUAUGCAGCUAGACCGCGAUCUCAACGGGCUGGUCAUCGGACUCGCACCAGGAAUCGCUUCAAGGCCACAAUUGAUUGUGGACCACAUGUUGAGGUUCGUCUGCCGCCACCCACCAACCCCCUCCACCCCAUGGACCCCUACUGCGUAUUAGCUCUGAUCCGUUGCAUUGCAUGACCGCCUCGGACCAUUGACACGACUUGGGCGGCAUUAUACCCCUGCCCGACGUUACGCCCCCCUUUGCGAAAAUUCCCCACCCGAGUAAUAGCAUCUGCCCAUAAGGUAACAAACCUUUCCCAUCCCAUUCCCCCGCACGUGUUAUGCAUUUCUGAGCUGGAUAUGGGCGGCACGAUUGAAUGCACACAGCAUAGGCUUUGUGCCUGCUUAGUGGCGCAUGGAGUUUGGGUUGACUCUACUCAGCUAGUACUAGGAACAGGAAUGUCUCCGUAAAUUUUCAAUGAAUCAAAAGAAUCUCAAA